AUGAAGUUUCUGUUGACCUUUGUGACCCUGGCCUUGGCAGCUGCUGAGACAGUGGACUCCACUUUGGAGGCUCUUGAGGCGGAUGAUUCAUGUGCAGCCGGGGGAGACUGCAGCCUGGAACUGAACCAGCUUCGUGGCAUGAAGGACGUGAACUACCAUGAUGCUUUGAUGGAAGAGGACGAAGAUGAGGAAGCCAAUGUGGAAGGUGGCGCAUGCACCAACAGCAAGGACCUGAACUUCUGGAAGAAAAGCGGAAGGAAGAGCUUCGACCCUUCACUGAACCAGUGCGGCCGUUCCUGCGCUGCAGGCUUCGCUUGCACCAAGAGCUGCAUGCAGGGAAAGGGUUACUCCGAUGGUUGUGCUAGCUGCAUGGCCAAAUUGGUGGAGUGCUCCCGCGACAAGUGCAUGAACCAAUGCAUCAGCAACGACAAGAGCGCUGCCUGCACUGGUUGUGUGAAGAGAGGCUGCCGUCCAGGCAUGAAGGCUUGCAGCGGCCUGAAUGCUGGCGCGCAUUCCUGUGGCAGUAUGGCCAUGAAGUUUCUGUUGACCUUUGUGACCCUGGCCUUGGCAGCUGCUGAGACAGUGGACUCCACUUUGGAGGCUCUUGAGGCGGAUGAUUCAUGUGCAGCCGGGGGAGACUGCAGCCUGGAACUGAACCAGCUUCGUGGCAUGAAGGACGUGAACUACCAUGAUGCUUUGAUGGAAGAGGACGAAGAUGAGGAAGCCAAUGUGGAAGGUGGCGCAUGCACCAACAGCAAGGACCUGAACUUCUGGAAGAAAAGCGGAAGGAAGAGCUUCGACGAACCAGUGCGGCCGUUCCUGCGCUGCAGGCUUCGCUUGCACCAAGAGCUGCAUGCAGGCAGGGCUUUAGGAAAGGGUUACUCCGAUGGUUGUGCUAGCUGCAUGGCCAAAUUGGUGGAGUGCUCCCGCGACAAGUGCAUGAACCAAUGCAUCAGCAACGACAAGAGCGCUGCCUGCACUGGUUGUGUGAAGAGAGGCUGCCGUCCAGGCAUGAAGGCUUGCAGCGGCCUGAAUGCUGGCGGCCACUGA